UCUUACUUUACUAGUUCUUCCAGUGCUACCAGUUGGCUAUCGUACAGGGGAAUAAACUCAUAAAAUAGGUACAGCCCAUCUUUAUUGGAUUUUUGGCACUUAAAUACAGCUGAUUUUGGAGUCCAAAAAAAUCCUUUCCUUCUUGAAGAACUGCACAAGAAGCACGGAACACUUCCAACUCUAUGAUAUCAAGACAAGGCAGCUACUGACAUCACCCAAGCAAAGGCCAAAAAAGCCCAUACAAUGCAGUCCUGUCCAGCAAACGUCACCAUUUGCAAUGGCACCUCUUGUCUGCAGCCUGUUGACAAUUUUAAUUACAUACUUAGCAUUACUUUAAGUACUGUGAUUACUACCUUAUUGGCAUUAGUGAUGUUUUCCCUGGGCUGCAGUGUGGAAUUUCAGAAAUUUUGGGGUCAUAUUAGGCACCCCUGGGGAAUAGUUGUAGGAUUUCUCUGUCAGUUUGGAAUAAUGCCACUUGCAGGUUUUGUGCUGUCCCUUGCAUUUGAUAUUCUGCCGAUUCAAGCUGUUGUGGUUCUUAUCAUGGGCUGCUGUCCGGGAGGAACGAGUUCCAACAUCUUGACAUACUGGCUAGACGGUGAUAUGGAUUUAAGUCUAAGUAUGACAACCUGCUCCACACUGCUUGCACUGGGUAUGAUGCCUUUGUGUCUCUUUGUGUACACUAAAAAAUGGGUUGACUCAAGUGCCAUAAUAAUUCCUUAUGACAGUAUAGGGAUUUCCUUGGCAACUCUAGUUGUUCCUGUUGCAGUAGGGAUGUUUGUUAAUUAUAAGUGGCCCGAAAAGGCAAAGAAAAUACUUAAGGUUGGUUCUAUUUUGGGAGGUAUUCUCAUAGUACUCGUAGCUGUGAUUGGUGGAGUUCUCUACAAGGGAUCCUGGACAAUUGAUCCAAAGCUGUGGAUUUUAGGGACAAUAUUUCCUGCUAUUGGCUAUACAGUGGGGUUUGCUUUAGCAUACACAUCCAACCUGACUCCAAGCAGAUGUCGCACAGUGUCUCUCGAAACAGGGAUGCAAAACACCCAGCUUUGUUCCACUAUUGUACAGCUCUCGUUUCCACCUGAACAGCUUGGUCUGAUUUUUACAUUCCCACUUAUCUACAGUAUUUUCCAACUUCUCAUUGCACUUAUACUUUUAACAGGUUACAGAAUAUAUUUAAAGACCUGUGGCAAAAAAACAGAGCAAGAAAACACAGAUGAUUCGCCCUACGCUGUAACAAACGGUGGAUUUAAUCUAGAUGAGAAAGCAACAAAGUGAGAUGGCAAUACACCAUCCUGGGUGCAAAACUGGCCGUAGAAGAGAGAAGGAAUCAAAUAGCAGGAGCGCAAACCAACCAAGACUAUGUAAUAUAAAAAACUGUGCUCAAUAUUUUACUUUGACAUUUAUGAGACAUUUAAAAAGUGCAUCAGUAAUGCAUUGAGUUUUACAGAACAUAUGUAGCAAUUGCAUAAUAAGUCAGCUUGAAACAGAUUUCCCUACAUAGGGAGAAAAACAAAAAUUUCUAUUUUGUAUAUCCGUUGGGUGGAAAUAAAUGGUAUUCAUAAGCUAGCAAACUUCAAGAAGUUAAUAGCUGACAAAAACAAUUCAAAAAUGCACCAGGGGGGGGGGGGCUUUAAAAGUAGGAUUGCUUAUGAGCAUUUCUUUAUAGCCAUUAAAGCCUGAAAGGGAAUUUACCCAUACACCUGGCAGAACCAACUUGAGCUUACAUAAGAUUUUAGGCACAUGGGCUACACAGUACAGUUAUGGGAUCCGUUAUCCGGAAACCCAAAAGUUCCGAAUUAUGGAAAGACCAUCUCCCAUAGACUC